CGAGCAACUCCAAUUGUCCAAGCCCAACGUCAUGGAAAGAGUUACUUUGUUGCAGCGCGCACAGGAAUAACCCCAAAGAAACAACACUGACCCGUGGUCUGUGUUGAUAAUAUGUAUAAGGAGAUUGUUUAGUUGCUGUUUUUGCUUUUAUCCUUUUUUGGUUGGAGGGGGGUUGAAUUCAAAGGAUCGACUGAAGAUGCGCAGGGACCUGUUUACAAGGAAAACUCAGCAAGUUUCAGUCCGAGGGAAUGCGGAGCAGGCUCACGAUGCACAGGGAUCCUCAUCCCUCUGUCUUCCUUCACGCCGGGCCACUUUGUCUUGAAUAUAUUUUCAUCAAGGAUCACUUUUAGGCUCCGUAAUAAGUGUUCGACACCACGCGAGGUUGCCGUCCUGUUUCUGAGGAUUAAAACCACCGACGGUGCUUUUUGGAGGAGCUCUCUGGUGAAACCAGUUUUUUGUGUGUGUUGUGUUUGUGAUGUAAAAGGAGGAAGAGAGUCAUUCUGUUGUGAGGAAGUCACAGUGUUAUGGAGCAUUUAUAGUUUAAAGUUGAAAGACUUUAAAGUGUAAUGGACAGGAAGACAAUGGACUGAUAGCCUCAAUGGGCUGAGGAUGCAAGUGGUCACAGUAGGUCUAUUUUAGACUUUAUUUUGGAGAGCGGAUAGAAGUGAUAGUUUUACAUAACUGUUAAAUUCUCCUGUGUUUACUAAGUGUCAGAUCAUUAACUUUACAUAAGUUAUACUGUGCUGUUGCACACCUCAUGCAACAGCUGCCAUGUAAUUUGAGAUGAGUUUAAAUAUUACAGUGAGCUAGUGUCAGAUGUUUACAACACGGCAUGCAUCAAGACAGCAGCAUCAAUAUAAACUAGGCACUAUGUGCAUGUAGAUUUUAUUUUUUUUUGCUUGCUUUUGGACCCACUGGAGUAUCAAGAUGUCAGUGAAAGCCAAAGCAAUCUACACUUUUCUGAGUGAAAACAAAGAGGAGAUCAGCAUCCGGGAGAACGAGGAACUGGUUAUCUUCGACGAUAAGUCGGUGGACGGCUGGUUUCAGGGGGAGAACAGCCGCGGGGAGAAGGGUCUCUUCCCCGCGUCCUAUGUGGAAGUGAUUCGCACCCGCUCGAACUCGAACGUGACCGACUGCUCCAUAAGCCCGGCAGGGUCUCUGGGAAAUGACUCCUCCUAUUUCCCCUCAACCCCGAACACCCCUCUGCAUUUGCAGCGGAGUUUCAACGACGACGAUGACGACGACGACGACUGGGACGACUGGGACGACAGAUCCACGGUGGUGGACGACGGGGACCACAUCAGGAGCCCCGGGGCAAACGGGCAUUCCCAUCAGAGCCCACUGUCCAACAACCCCAAUGUGCACUACCGGGCCAAACCACACAUGGAGAGACAGGACAGCAUCUCCAGCUCCAGGAAGGGCAGCAUGGUGGGCCGGAACCUGAACAGGUUCUCCAGCUUCGUCCGCUCAGGGGUGGAAGCGUUUGUGUUGGGUGACGUGCCCAUGAUGGCGAAGAUAGCGGAGUCGUACACCAUCGAGAUGGGCCCCGUAUGGCCCCUGUGGAAGGAGAGCCCACAGCCUUUCUCCUGCUCCAUCGAGGACCCCACAAAACAGACAAAGUUCAAGGGCAUCAAGACGUACAUUUCGUACCGGGUCACGCCGAGCCACACAGGACGUCCCGUCUACAGGCGCUACAAACACUUUGACUGGCUGUACAACCGCUUACUGCACAAGUUUACUGUGAUCUCCGUGCCUCACCUGCCUGAGAAGCAGGCCACGGGGCGAUUUGAGGAGGACUUCAUCGAGAAGCGCAAGAGACGGCUGAUACUGUGGAUGAACCACAUGACCAGCCACCCGGUCCUCUCCCAGUACGAGGGCUUCGAGCACUUUCUGAUGUGCGCUGACGACAAGCAGUGGAAACUGGGCAAGAGGCGGGCGGAGAAGGACGAGAUGGUGGGUGCCCAUUUCAUGCUGACCCUGCAGAUCCCCAACGAGCACCAGGACCUUCAGGAUGUCGAGGAGCGGAUCGACACCUUCAAGGCCUUCGCCAAGAAAAUGGACGACAGCGUGAUGCAGCUCACGCACGUUGCCUCGGAGCUGGUGCGCAAGCACCUGGGCGGGUUCAGGAAGGAGUUCCAGCGGCUGGGAAAUUCUUUCCAGUCCAUCAGCCAGGCGUUCAUGCUGGACCCUCCCCACAGCUCGGAGGCCCUCAACAAAGCCAUCUCCCAUACAGGCCGCACCUACGAGAACAUUGGAGAGAUGUUUGCAGAGCAACCCAAGUACGACCUCUUCCACAUGCUGGACAAGCUGUCGCUCUACCAAGGCCUGCUCGCCAACUUCCCUGACAUCAUUCAUCUACAGAAAGGUGCCUUUGCCAAGGUGAAGGAGAGCCAGCGGAUGAGCGACGAAGGGAAAAUGGAUCAGGACGAGGCCGACGGCAUUAGGAAACGCUGCCGGACGGUCGGGUUCGCCCUCCAGGCAGAGAUGAGCCACUUCCACCGGCAGAGAGAGGUGGACUUCAAAGACAUGAUGCAGGCCUACCUCACGGAGCAGAUCGCCUUUUACCAGCGUGUUGUCCAGCAACUGGAGCGCACCCUGCACAUGUACGACUGUCUGUAAAGACGCCGAACUGCUGUCCAGUUCAAGAUGCCAAAAAAAAAAAAACACAAACGAGAAAGGAAGAUCCAAGUCUUCACUCUUUUAUCAAGGCGUUUUGUGUUCGUCAUGUUUGGUUCAGUUGGAAAAGACUUGCAGAUAAGUUAAGCAAUAGUUAGUAGAAAGACAUACAAAGCCAGUCAGUCUUUCCCUUUGAUGGAUUCAAAGUCACUUUUAUUUUUCAUGACCUACUGUACCUUUUUAUUCCUCAAAUACACAUCCCAUAGGCAAUGUCACAGCACAUGGUUAAUUUGACAUAAUUUAAGGUGUUUGAAACAAUAAAAUAAGAAUAUAGGUUCCGGAUUCAUAGCGAAUCUGUCGUUGAUUGUUCUAAAGUGUAAUACCAUGAAACGGGUCCUGUUUUGAAAUUGUCCCCUUCUCUCCAACAUCAUGCACUUUGUUUCUGAUUUCUUUAACCCCCCCCCAUAUAUUUUGUUACAUUUACCAACAUCUGAUAAACAAUCCAGUCACAGAUUUUUCUCAUUGGACCUUGAAAAGAUCGUAUUUCUGGCCAAACUAGUGCACGGCAUACUUUCACCAUCGUCUUGUUGAGUGCUCACCUUGCUCAAGUGUUCACUGCAUUGAAAUUGGUAUCUGUGACUUAUACUCUUAGUACAAGUCACAGAUGUCUGUCUUAACUUUGCACCAUGUGGAAGACUUACUUAAACUGCACAAAUCAGUUUGUUUUCUUGCGAUUUCCAUGCAUUAAGUGCCUUUAAGAAUCUGAAGCAAUCUGAUGGGAUAUUUUUAAAUAGCCCAUUUGUCUGUAGAAUGGCUUGCGUUUUAUUGGGGGAAUUAUUACAAAUGAGUUGCAUUUAGAAACAAGUUUGCACAUGUUUUCAUACACUAGUGUGUGUUUGUGUGUGUGUGUGUGUGUGUGGGGGGGGGGGGGGGAUUAUGUCUGGGUGAGCGAAUGAAAUGAGUUAACUACUGCGCUGAUCAAUUCCCUUUCUCACGGUGGAAAACAAAAAAAUAUAUAUUCUUUUAUGUUGCAGCAGGUUUAUCGAGCCAACUACUAUGAAACUGAAAGUCAGACAGCUGAAGUGUAUUAAGUGGUUUUGUGAGGCAGAACAUCAAGUUGACAUUUCAGUGUUUAAAUCGUUUAGUUACCACAAGACCAGAUUCUUCCUGUUAUUAGAGUUUUGUGAUCAAUGUAGUCUGGGUCAAAAAACAGAAUGAUUUAAUGUUGAUAUCAAGUAUUUUAAAACAACAUCUAAUGCACAAAUAAAACCACAUUAUAUCAUUCCGAUCAUCUAUAUACCCUGCAGCCAUAAUAACUAAUAGAUGCUUCUUUGCUUUCGUGCCAUGAGUUUGAUGAGAAGAUCGAUGCCACUCUGAUGUCUGUCCCUUGAUUAUAAAGCUACAGCUAGCAGAUGGUUAGCUUAGCUUAGCAUGAAGACUGGCUCUGUUCAAAUCUUAUCUAAUACUCACUUAUUAAAAAUGUUAUAUUUCGUUUGUUUAACCUGUACAAAAAACAGAGUUCAAUAUGCGUUUUACACCCAGUAAAACCGCAACUUGUCAUUUUUUACACUUGCGUUUUGUAUGGAUUUAAAAAAUGAAGUCUCCUCGUUUCCAGGCAUUAUGCUAAGCUAAGCUAACAAGCCAAGAAAGACAGCAAAAUGUUGAACUUUUCCUUCAUUAAUAAUACUUUAAUGCUCUCCUUCCAGCUGUCAUCACAGUGAUGUAGGCCUAUCACUUGAGUUUUAAAUGACUGUGAGGAUCCGAGUUCCACUCGUCACUGCUUGAAUGAGAUGUUUAUAGCUAAAUUAGAGAUGUUCCAGUAACAUUACUCAUCCUGUUUAACAAGAGAGAAACAAAAUUCAUGGCAACUUGCGGUUAGACGAGACUAUCUUAAGCGUCGUGUUAACCUAUUUAUAUGUGGAGUCUGCGUUUGCAAUUAUAAGCAUUAGCUGAAGAACUACAGGGAAUGUUUUUGUGAGCUUGACACGCUUCUCCUCAAACCAGUGUUUAUUCCUCAGUUGUGGGACACUGAUUCUUCAUUUUGAUGGAAGAGGGAUUGAUCUCUCAGUGGUGUGUUUGGGUGUGGAUGAAUCGUGAAAAGGAAACAUUAUCUUUGUGACAUCUCUGCCGGGUGUUUGUGAGAUUCAAAAUAUGAAGUUAGAGCCUUAUUAUGGUUCUCUCUCAACAAAGAAGUGCUGAUUCAGUGCAGGUUUCUCAGUAAACAAAUGGUCUGUGUGUGUGUGUGUGUGUGUGUGUGUGACUCAGAUAUGAGUGUCUCAGUUAGCGGUACUGUUCAGUCCACAUCUGCAGCCUUUAACUCUUUGCUGUCUAAAUGUGGUGUUGUUUAUGGUUAUUUUUGAACAACCCUUUGCUUUUCAUACUUCAGCAUUUUUUUAUUUUUCUGUCAGCAUUUGCACUCAUCGCCGUUUCUCCGAGACCAAAGAAGUCAGACAUUUUCUACUGGGCUUCCUUUCUUUUUUUACUCUGUUAGGUUGAAGUGAAAUUGAAUGUGCUCUCUGGUUUUGUAAUUGAAUCUGUUCUACUCUGAGGAAAAUGUGAAGGGAGCGUUUGGAAAAAAAAAAAAAAAAAACAUUCCACAAAGAAACUGUAAAGAACACCAAAUGAGAAGACAGAUUUUGGGCAAAUGAAAGACGUGCAAGGUGCAAAAGAACAAAAAACAUUCAAAGAGAUGCUCAAUUAGGUUUCAUAAUGACAUUUUCCUCAUGUUCCAAAGCUGCAUGGCAAGUUAAAUGCCAGGCAUUUUACACAGGUGACUGUUUCUUGACAUGGAUGCGUGACCGGGUGAGUUGCAGGAACUCUUUAGUUUCAGUCUCUGAAAUAACAGAUGGUGAUUUUCCGUAAGUAAUUCGUCACUUGAUUUAAGGGAAGGGGACCUACAAAUGUUAAUAAAAGUAAUGAUGGUGA